UCCCGUCAGGAACUGGAGUGCGAUUGGAGCGGCUGACAGGUGUGAAUCUCUUUGAAGUCUCUCAGGUAGAGCAGUUUUCAUUACAAAUAAACAUUUCUUGCACCUGACAAAUGCUGAUUCCCCUUCUAACACGCGUCGACAUCAUAACAACAGCGUCACGUGUAGAAUAAUCUCUCUGAAACUUCUCCAAAACAAAGCGUCGAGUGUGUCCACUGCGCGGGAAUCCUCAAACUGACCACUGAAGAAGAGAACACUCCGCGGCGCUGAGGGGAUGAAACUGCGCUCGCCGGAAAGGCUGGAAAAAGCGGAAAUAGCGAGUGCUGUGUCGGUCGACGGAGGCUGCAGCUGAAGGAGGAACCGCGGAAUGUGAGGGGUUUUACGGCAGAACUGGAGCCGCUGGGAGAGUGAGCAGAUGUGGGUCAAUCCUGAAGCGGUCGCGCUGAAAAACGCGCUCAAACUCUGGGUCACGGAGAGAUCCAACGGGCACUUCCUGCUGCAGCGCCGCCGGGGACACGGAGACACCGCCGGCAGGAUCACCGGUUUACUGGUGGGUGCGCUGGACACUGUGCUGGACUCUAAUGCUCGAGUGGCUCCGUUCCGGAUCGUUCUGCACGUGCCCGAAUCUCAGCUCAGCUGGAUCAUAGCCAGCGGAGUCACGAUAGAGGAGGUGAUGAAACACUGGAAAUGGCUAGAUCAAAACCUGCUGCCGUACAUGGCUGUGUUUGAGAAUAAAGAAGACGCCGCCAGUUUUGUUCAGGGCAAAGUCAAAGGUUUGAUAGCAGAGGAGGUUUUAGGUGGUCAGGCUGCUCGUGAAGAUGAUCCCGCACGCUUUCGGGAAGAUCUGGUGCGUUUCGAGCAGCGUUUCGGCCUCCCGCAGCGAGAGAAGCUGGUGGUGCAUUACUCCUGCUGCUGCUGGAAGAGCCGAGUGCCGCGGCAGGGCUCGCUGUACCUCACCACCAACCACAUGGCCUUCUACUCAUUCCUGCUGGGCAAAGAGGUGAAGCUGUUAGUCCCAUGGGCUGAAGUGACGCGGCUGGAACGCGUGUCGGUGGGUGUCCUGACAGAUGUGAUCCGCGUUCAUACCAGACGGAAACAGAGGGAGUUCUCCAUGUUUAUGAAUGUAGAGGAGGUGAUGAUGGUCAUGUGUCAGCUGGCUGAUAUUGCCCUCCGCAGGCUGCUGGACAGCGGCGGACUCACGCUUGAUCAGGCACUGCAGGACUCCACCAAUAUUACCAAGAGAGUUUUGGAGGAACAGGCUCUCAGACAGUAUGUGCUCUCUCUCUUCGGGCUGCCGCGGGGCGAGCGACUACAGGAAGUGAUGUCAUGCUCGCUGUGGACUCCUCACGCCCGAUGUCACACGCCGGGCACCGUCUACACCACCGAUGGGUACCUGUGCUUCAGCAGCAGACAGGAGGGCCAGUGCGCGCUUAUCAUCCCACUGGCGGAGAUAGUCUCAGUAGAGAAGGCAGACAGCACCGCUGCUCUCCCGAACCCGCUGAUCAUCAGUGUCCGCUGUAAGCGUGCAUUCCAGCUGAUCGAGCUGCUGCAGCGGGACACACUGGUGGAGAAGCUGAGGGAGCGGCUGCGGGAGCUGCACUGGAGACAGGCUGUGAUUCGAGGACACGACCAACGCAAGAAGACCACGGUGUCCUCCACGCCAUACUACACCUUCUGUUACGACACCGUUCAGUCAGAUGAGGAGGACGGCAGCGUCAGCAUCUCUGAUAAAGCUCUGCGUCACACUGUGCUCAGCAACACACUCCUGUCCUCAUUCCACCCCAGCCAAUCAGACGCCAGCAGCACCCGGAACACAGAGCAGGUGCGUGAGCGUCUGUGGCAGGAUCACUUCAGUGAGUUUGGUCGGGGUGUGCACAUGUUCCGCUCAGAGAAGAUCCGCACACUGGUGUCGCUGGGCCUGCCGGAGUCUCUGCGCGGGGAGCUGUGGCUGCACUUCUCAGACGCCAGCUCAUCUCUGGCCGCUCACCCGAACUACUACACGGAUCUGCUGGAGAAGUGUAGAGGAGAGAGCAGCGUGGCCACAGAGGAGAUCGAGCGGGAUCUGCACCGGUCAUUACCGGAACAUCCGGCGUUCCAGAGCGAGACCGGCAUCAGUGCACUGCGCCGCGUGCUCACCGCAUACGCCUACCGCAACCCCUCCAUCGGCUACUGCCAGUCCAUGAAUAUCCUGGCGUCAGUGAUGCUGCUGUAUCUCAAAGAGGAGGAGGCCUUCUGGCUGCUGGUGACCGUGUGUGAGCGCAUGCUGCCCGACUACUUCAACCGCAGGGUCAUCGGCGCUCAAGUGGACCAGUCGGUGUUCGAGGAGCUGAUCCGUGAGCGUCUGCCGGAUCUGGCGGCUGCUGUCGGGGAUGUCUCCCCGCUGGCGUCAGCGUCUCUCACCUGGUUUCUGACUCUGUUUGUGAGCGUUCUGCCGUUCCGCAGCGCUCUGUGUGUUCUGGACGGCUUCUUCUACCAGGGCAUCAGAGCCAUCUUCCAGAUCAGCCUGGCGGUGCUGGAGGCCAACGCAGCUGACCUGAGCGGCUGCACUGAUGACGGAUACGCACUCAUCAUCCUCUCUACUUUUCUUGAGCGGGUCCGACAUGAGGAUGAAUCCGCUGAUCAUCCUGAAGAUGCAAGAGCUUCUCAACAUGUGAACAUCACCAACCUCAUCACUGACGCAUACGAGAAGUUCAGCAGUGUUUCAGUGAAGCAGCUGGAGCAGAUGCGGUGUCUCCACAGGCUGCAGGUUCUCCAGGCUCACGAGGACACCAGUAAAGACAACGCUCUGCGGUUGGUCACUCCAGAUGUGUCUCUGCCGCAGGAACAGCUGUCUGAGCUCUACGAACUCUUCAAGACGGAGCACUUCAUCAGUCUGUACUGGGGUGAGGGGGUGUGCUGCUCGUCCGCUGUGUCCUCCAGCACGGAGCCGUAUUUUCUGGACGGAGCUCAGUUUAAGAGUCUGUUUGAGCUGCUGGCCCCGUGGCCCUGCGGCACACACACCGACACACUCGCGCAGCGCGCAUUCACACUGCUGGACCAGGACCGAGACCAGCGCGUCAGCUUCUCUGAGUUCAUACACAUGCUGGAUGUCCUCUACUGUGAGGAGCUGAAUGAGAAGAUCCGGCUGCUGUACCGCCUGCACAUCCCGCCAGCUCUGAGUGAGGAUACAGAAGACUCGUCUCCUCUGAAGAGUCCAGUGUUGUCCAGCACCAGACCUCUCUACGUCAACCUGCCCAACGGCGAGAGGAAGAGCUAUGAAGAGCAGCUGCAGCAGAUGCUGGAGGACCUGAACAGCAGAAAGAAGGACCAGGAGAAACCCCUGCCCCACAUGAACCAGCGCGAGUUCAUCCAGUUCUGCAAGACGCUCUACAGCAUGUUCCAGGGCGAGUCCGGCGAGUCGGAGCUCUUCCAGGCCAUCGGGAUGUUCACCAGCCUGCUGCUGCAGAUCGGGGAGGCCAGACAGCACUCGGACACAGCGGACGACCAGUGGACGGUGAGUUUCCAGCAGAUCCUGGCCUCCUUCCUGACCGAACAGGUGCUGGUCAACUUUCUGGAGCGACCCGUGGACCUGAGUGCCAAAGUCUGCACCGCCAGAGAGCGCCAGUACCAGGAGCGUGCGGGAGUACUCAUGAUCCAGCACACAUGAGGAUAACAGCACAACACUCGUUUACUCUGUACUUGACCCGAGUUUCUUUCCUCUGUUGAACACAAAAGAAGAUGUUUUGAAGAAUGUUAGAAAGCCAUUCGGUAACCAUUGACUUUCAUUGUAGAACAAAUACUAUGGAAGUCAAUGGUUACCUAUUUUCAGCAUUCUUCAAAAUAUCUUCUUCAGUGUUUGACAGAGGAAACUCAGAUUUGGAACAAGUGAAUGGAGUUAAAGAUGGCAGAAUUUUAUUUUGACCCCCCAAAAAAGUAGGAAUAUUACUUAAUAUGUACUCGACCUGAAGGGGUUUCAAACCUUUACAAGUGUCUUUAUUCAGUUGAACACAAAAGAAGAUAUUUUGAAGAAUGCUGAAAAGCUGGAAACAUUAACCUCCAUAGGAGAAACAAAUGGUUUCAGGUUUCCAACAUUCUUCAAAAUCUCUUCUUUUGUGUUUAACAGAAGAAAGAAAGGCUUGGAAGCCCCCGAGGGGAGAGUAGAGAGAGAGGAAAUGUUCAUUUUUGGGUGAACUGCCUCUUUAAUGAUGAACAAUUAUCUGAGAGUUGAGUUUAUUUCCACAUCUCGACUGGAGAGAUGAUUCUGCUUUAGGUUUUCUGAACGGUCCAGCCCAGAUGAAGAGCAGACCACACACUGACAAUCCCAUGAUGCCGCUGGGGUGAGCUGGACUCCCCCAAUCCAUCAUCAGUUUGAGAUUUAAAGGGGCAGUUCACCCAAAAACAUAUUUACUUACUAUAGUAUUUGCUCUUACUCGAGUGAUUACUAUCCUUUAUUGUGUUGAAAAUACAAAAGAAGAUGUUUUGAAGAAUGCUGAAAACCGGUAACUAUUGACUUCCAAAGUAGGAAAAACAAAUAAGGAAGUCAGUGGUUACCAGUUUCCAACAUUCUUCAGAAUAUCUUCAGAAAGAAUCGUGUAUAUACACCACUCGAGGGAGAGUAAAUGUCUCAUUAUUUGGGUGAACUGACCCUUUCAUGUCAGACGUGAUGACCUCAGAGUUUAGGCUGGGGUGAUAAACUGAUGCACCACAAUUCUCUCUUGAAUUGAUUGAGUUUCGUGUUUACCAGCAGGAGGCGCUCUAGGCUUUACUAACAGCUGUUCCUCACACGCAGCACUCGCAUCUAAAACAAUCAUUAAUAAAGGUCAGACAGUGAAUUACUAAAGUGUUUACAAUACAAAACAGCCUGAUGGAUAAAAAUGAGCUUAAAUCUGCUGUGAUCGAGCCUAGAGCGCCACCUACUGUUAGAUGAAGCUCAGUUUAUUCCAGAUUCAUGCUUUCCAACAGUCUCAGAAAUGAUCCAUUAAUAUCAAUGCAUCAACUUAUGGUCCCCGUGUCACAUGUUCUGGCUUUAAAACACACACACACACACACACUUUAUCAGUAUUCAGCUUCUGUUCACACACACACACACACACUUUAUUUGCUAAUCGAUCACUUCAGAUGUUGUAUUUUUCCACAUGAGCAUUAUUUACUGGAUGGAUUUUAAUGUUAGAUGAAUCCUGAUGGGUUUGUUGAUAUGACGGACUGAAUGAAGGAGAUCAGGAUUAUUGAUCACGUGACCUGCAGCGGUUUACUCAUUUUAGUCACAGCACAGCUGGAGUCAGUGCUGGAGAUGAUGCAGCUUUAAUCUUUCAUGUUUUUCUUCCUAAUUUUACCAAAUAUGCUGCAUCUCUUGAUGAAGAAGUGCCUUAAACAGCAGGCCAAUAAUGAUUCUCCAUUGUGCCACAGUGUGAAAGCCAAAGGGACCAUUUGAACCCUUGUGUGCUGUUCAGAUUGACUCCCCUUUGGUGAUGUUGGUGCUGGUUUUCCUCCAGCACAUGACAGCAGAUACUCAUGCAUUCUUGAUAGCAGCUGGUGUGUUAUUUCUCCUGUUGAACAUCAGAGUGCAGCAUUAACCCUUUAGAUCAGCCUGUGCUGAAGAGUUUCUGGCUUCUAUAUGGAGUAAAACAGCAGAUUAUAGAAAUACUCUUACUGUGUUCUGAGAGCUGACGGGACUACUCUGAGUCUCAGAGAGAAACAGGGAAACCAGUCAGUAAUGCAUGAGUAUCUGCUGUCAUGACUUUACAGUAAAUAAUGUGCUUAUAAUGGAAGUAAAACCGCGCCAACAUAACCCAAGGGGAGUCCAUCUGCCCAGAGUGUGCUGAGAUUUCACAAAACAUGUGUCAAAUUAAGAUUUGUCAGCAACAAUCAUUCCAUAUACGGUUAAAUUAAGCCUCAAAAUCAACCCAGAGUGGAUGAAAAUGACCCAACAGUACACAAGGGUUAAUUCCUCCUCAUUACACACACCGUUUAUCCAGAUGAAGCAUUAAUUCAACUCUUGUGUCUGAAAUGGAGGUGCCGUCCUGAUCAUUAUAGCAGAUGUAGCAUUAGCUGAUGUUCACAGAACCAAUCAGAUUGUGCAGCGUUACACACACUCUCCAUGAUGAUGUUUGUCUACUGUCAACACUGAGCAAUUAAAGACCACGUACAACACA